AAACCUAAACCUAAACCACAAACCCUAAACCCUAAACCUAAACCUAAACCUAAACCUAGACCUAGCCCAGACCCUAAGCCUAACCCUAAACCUAAGCCUAAACCUAAGCCUAAGCCUAAACCUAAGCCUAGGCCCUAA